CAGUGAGUCACUGAGAGAGACAGAGAGAGAGAAAGCAGACAUCCACCUCUGAAGGACCACCCAGCUCUCUCCCACCUGCGUCACUUGAGAACACUCUGAAAAUCUCUGAGAUAAAACAGCACCGGUCUGAAGACUCUCGGUCGGGAACAACACACGAGGGAUCAACUGAGUGCACAAUUUACUUGAGGGGAAACCUGAUUUCAGACGCUUUAAACUCUGCUGGAUUGUCAGCUGCCUGCACCUGCUUCAGUGAUCUGAGUCUGAGUGCGUGCUGCGAGAUGAUGAGGGGGGAUCUGCUGCAGAGUGUGACCGCAGAUCAGCGGAGGACACACUCAACAGAGAAGAAGCUGGCUGCCUUCUGGGUGUCCCUCUCGCAGCGCACCAGAACCUUUUUCAGACCCAGACAGCGCUGCGGCUUCCACAGGAGUCCAUCUGUAGCAGGGCUGCUAAAGAGUGAAGUGUAAGAGAGUUUGUGUGUGUGUGUGUGUGUGUGUGUGUGUGUGUGUGUGUGUGUGUGUGUGUGUGUGUGAUAUGGGUGGGAGGGGGGUGUUAAGUGUUAGGUUGAUUUGGGAAUAAUUCAGUGCAUCAUUUGUUUUUUUUCCAGUUUUUGUUAUGGGUCGAGAGCAUCAUUUUCAGAGGAAUAACCCAUAAGUAGUAUGUGUGGACGUGUGUGAGCAUGUAUGUCCAGAUAAUAGAGUGACCUCUACAGAUCAAAACCAAAUCUGUUCUCAAAACAAAAUGACACAGACAAAACUGGCAGAGCAAGAGCAGAAAAAAGAGAAAAGCUAGGAAUCAACAGGUGCAGCACCUUCUGCUUCAUCCUCUACAUUGUCUUCAGCAAAGUGGUUCUCCUCUAAGACCUUGUUUGACUGCUUUCAGCUGUCUGAAGCACGGACAUUUGAAUUUGCAGCAGAAGGACUGCUACAUUUCCAGAAGCUGCUCUGAAUAUCAAUCAGACAUUGGCUCCUACAGAAGCACAGUUCUCCACUCUCCCAGUGUGACAUCACAGACCUUUGUGUGCUUUUAUUCCCGUCAUGACAUCAUAGUCUUCCAUCGUUUACUCUUCUAGAAUGCUAUUGCAUAAUGCAGGGACUGAAAUGAGGGACAAAAUCUGCUACGCUCAAUGUAUUGCUUGGCUUCAAGAACUGACUUCAGGUCAAUCUCAGGAGGAUGUCCACAAAACUGACCUUAGGAAUGGACGAUGGUUUUUACACACCUUGAGCUGGAGUUUAGAUAUGUCGGACAGAAACUGAGAGGCUUUACCUGCAAGCUGACGCGCUCAACCGAUGACUACCUUCCAGAGAGUUCUGCGCAAAUCACUGCUCAGGUGCUGCUGCCAUACCUUCUGGCAGGACUCAGUAUGGUGGCUACAGGAAUGAUCAUGGAAACAUUGCAACACUGGGAAAUGUUUAAGGAAAUCUCUGAAGUGUUUAUCUUGGUUCCUGCUCUAGUGGGCUUGAAGGGAAAUCUGGAAAUGACUCUUGCGUCCAGACUCUCAACAGCAGCCAACACAGGCCAGUUAGACAACCCCAAGAAGCUAAUACUAAUUGUGUCCAGCAAUUUGGCCCUAAUCCAGGUGCAGGCUACAGUGGUGGGCUUUCUAGCCACACUGGCUGCAGCAGUGUUGGGUGCAAUCAGUAGGAACAGAGUGGACCUUCAGCAGUCUGCUGUACUGUUGGCCAGUGGAGUGACCACAGCCUUUACUGCUGCUCUUACUUUGGGGCUGGUCAUGGUGGGAGUGAUUACUGGAUCUCGGAAGGUGGGCAUCAACCCUGAUAAUGUGGCCACACCAAUUGCUGCCAGCCUCGGUGACCUCAUGACCCUCUCACUGCUGGCAGGGAUUGGCCGCUUCUUCUUUCAGUUCAAAGAGUUGUGGUGCGUGUCUAUAGUGACAUGUGCCAUAUUCCUCUUACUCAUCCCCAUCUGGUUGGCCAUCGCUCGCCGCAAUCCAGCAAUCAGAGAGGUGCUGAGGUCAGUCUGGCACCCUGUGAUCGCUGCCAUGCUAAUCAGCAGUGCAGGAGGUCUCAUCCUGGAUAAGACUGUAAGCCACCCUCAGUUUGACGGCAUGGCUGUGUUCACACCCAUCAUUAACGGUGUAGGUGGGAAUCUAGUUGGGAUCCAAGCUAGCCGCAUCUCUACCUAUCUGCACUGUGUUAGCCUGCCUGGAAUCUUACCCCACAGCAUGAAAGAGCACUGUCCUCACCCUGGCAGGACCUUCUGCUCCUCAGGAGUGAACUCAACAUCUGCUAGAGUUCUGCUGCUACUGGUGAUUCCAGGCCACCUCUUGUUCCUCUAUACAGUCUACUGGCUGCAGGGUGGCCACUCCACCAUGACCCCUGCUUUCAUCUGCUGCUACCUGUUUGCUGCACUGAUGCAGGUGCUAUUACUGCUCUACGUGGCAGACGUGUUGGUGCGGCUGAUAUGGCGCCGUGGUCUGGACCCUGAUAAUUUCUCCAUCCCCUACCUGACUGCGCUGGGAGACCUGCUGGGUACCAGCCUCCUCGCCCUGACUAUCAGAGUAACCUGACACCAGAAAGGGCAAAAGAGAGAGAGAUUGUUUCCUGAAUGCCAUCAAAUCCAUUGAUUUCAGGUGUUCCGAUUCUAAUGCGUAGUGCAUAUGUGAGUGAAUAAAAGACGGAGACAGAGACAUAAAUAAGAAAUACUACAUUUGAUUGAAUGAAAAAUCUGAAACAGGAAUGCAAUAAGAAUCCUUCUUCCACCUCAUCGACCUCCAUGAAUCUUCACUUCCAUGUCUAAUUCAGUAUCAAAUAGAGUUCAAUUAUUAUUGGUUAAAUUAUUAUUAUUAUUAUUAUUACUACUACUUCUACAGUACUUAUUAAUUACUUUAGUGGAAAAUUCUAGUUCUUAUUGCUACUGUUUUCUAUAACUACAAAGUAUGCUGACAGUGCCGUUACAAUGUACAGUUGUGAAACAGCCAGUUUUGAGUCAUAUAAAGCGCAUUCCCUAAAUAAUUAUGAAGUGACAUCAUUUUGUUUUGGCUCUCCACUGAUUUGAAAUGGAAUGAAUAGAAUGAAUGUCAUUCCAUUCGUUUUACUUCAGUAGUCCUUGAACCUCUUUAUCUACAAGCUGAAGAGAGUCCAUCAUACUCUAUUAGAAACAACUAGACAUACAUGGACUGUCCCACAGUUAAAAAUGGGUUUCUCUGUGGAUUGAAAUGAUCAUUUUGGCAUCCAAUAUUUUGGUAUACCAAAUCAUUUGUUCUUUGGAAACCAAGCAACUCAUUCCCAGCUAAACACAUUUACCCAACUGUUGAUUAUGACAUACCUAAUGAACCUUUAUCUCAGAGUUUGUUUUUUUUUUUUGGCUAAAUAUCUAAUUCCUUUGGUCUCCUCCUUUUAAAUCCAUCCCACAGGCUUACAGAGCCAAAGCACACAAAAAUGGUUCAUUUCUCACUGUCUGCACUGUAUCAAUGCCAUUAUUAGUGUUCAGCAGCAGCUAUUUACUGGAAAUGAACUCCAAAAGUGACAGAUAAGGCCUCUCACCAUGGCAGUGAAGGCAAUCAAGGAUGAAAAAUGAAUCACAUAGGGUUAGCAUCAUAGUCUGUAUGUUAGCUCUACUGUAAAUGUUAGACAGUAACCUGGCUAAACUGUAAGAAAAACAAAUGCUUCUAUCGCUAAGGCAAUGUAAGUAUGUUUUACUAGUUAUAACAGUCAUAAGACAGCACUGUUCUUACUAGCAUGUAGCCUGCUAACAACAAGUGUACUUUUACUUUAUACUAAUAGGGAAAAUUGUUUUAAUGGUGUGCCUUUUUUCUGAUUUGUAUAAGUGAUGUCAGAGAAGCUACUCACUACAGUGCACUGUGAUGUAUUAACUGUACAAAUUAAGUUGCCUACACUUGCUGUCAUAGCCUAUGCAAUGGAGAUGACUGAGUUAAUCUAUAUUUUAUACAUAUAAAUAUAUCUGCUCUAUAUGCUGCUGUCUUACACCAUCUCGGCAGAUGUAGUUUUUCAUGGUCAACGUAUUCAAUAAAAAAUGUUUAAAGUUGUUAAGCUCACUGAAA